ACAGGCUACUGAAGAGGAGAGCAAGAGAAGUCAUGAAGCAUCAAAAACAGGACAACACAUUCCAAGUUACAAUGCUUGGUCACAGUGCAUGAAGAUGGAUCUGCAGAGGUGGACAUAUGAAACAAGGCAGAGGACUGGCCUUAUGAGGAUACGGCAUCGACGUGGUAGACCACCCAUUCAUAAAACAGGAGAGGAGAUGGAGAAGCAAAGGGAACGAAACAAACUGCGCCAAAGACAGUAUCGUGCUUCUAAAACAGCUGAAGAACUGGAAAGGGAACGAGAACGUGACAGACUUCGUAAGAGAGAAUAUCGGGCAUCUCAAACUGAAGAAGAAUUGCAGAGACAGAGGGAACGUGAUAGGCUCCGAAAGAGGGAAUAUCGGGCAUCUCUAUCAACAGAAGAACUGGAGCAGCAAAGGAUGCAUGAUGUGCUCUGCAAGAGGAGGUAUCGUGCUUCCAAGCGGCUAGAGAUAGAGAACCUUAUGCAGUACUAUGGACAUGUAUAUGAAACGUAAUAGAAUGCACAAAAAUGACAGAUGAGCUCAAAAAGCAUCAUGCUGGGCCUACAGAGAACCUGAUGAUAUCACCAUGACUAAAUGCAAUGACAUUUUAUGGAGUCGUCUUUGUCAAUACAGAAUAAAACUGCACUCUUUUGCAAACUAUCUGUAGUCAUCAUCAUGGGCUGUCAGAGUUUUAUUCCAUAUUCAUGUAACUGAUCGCUCAAGAAAACCUGGCUUCUUUUAUGUCAUCAGUAUGAGAGGAAUACAUUGAAGAGAGGUUUAUUCAUGUUCCCUUAAGAACCUUUAAAUAAUGUUCCUUAAGAGCAAAUACCCAAUAAGAUUGAGUAUAAUGUAAAUAAUACUAACAUAGAAUAGGUACAGCACUUCAAUUAUUUGGGGAAGCAGUGUGUAAUACAACUAUAUUAUGAGUUUUAUUGAUAAAAUGCAUAAAUGUGGAGGACUAUCAAUCAGAUAAUUAACAAAUAAAAUCAGGAGAGUUAAACUAUUACAAUCAUACAAAGUUAUAGCAUUGCCACAUUAAUAUGUGGUUGUGACAACUGAUCUUUAAAUAGGGACCAUAGAAGAAGGAUUGAAACAACAGAAAUUGAAUUUUAAGAUGUGUUUAUGGACAUAGACUUUUUGAAAUCACAUAACCAUACAAUGCACAGUUAACUGGAAAUGUUUAACCCAAAAGAAAGAAUCCAGAGAGAAGGAAAAAAUGUUGUUCAGAUUGCACCACAAAGAAUUUUAAUAUACAGACCAGUUAGUUUGCAGAGAAGUGGUGUAUCCUAGAACAAAAUGACACUAUUUGGUCUCAGCUGGAAUGGACCAAAGAGCCAAACUCGAUGAUGAUUUAUGAUCGACAAUCACUAGAAUGUGGUUAGCAGUUGCAACAGAUUGAGAAAUUUGAAAAUAAUGAGAACCGUACAAAAUAUAGUAUCUUUAUUGAGGAAGUUACAUGUUCAAGUGAAUCAAAAUAAUUAACAAAUAUUGCCGAUAUUCCAUCUUACAUGCAACACUCCUUUAAAAUUUUGUUUAAAAGUUACAACAUACACGUAUGCACAAUGAGUCUUUUUAAACCUAUUUAAAAUCACAUUGUACACUGCAUAUUUUGACUGUCAUUGGUCAUCAUCGGGUGUUUUAAAAUUGUUUUGGAGACUGCUGUGCUUGCAUUUUGCACUUCUAAUGUUCAGUGUGUAGUCCCAACAUACAUUCGUGUGAUUUCAGUGAUAGUUGUUAAUUAAUGAACAAUGUGCAACAGGUUGCUACAAUAUCACUGAAUCAAAAUGUAUGUUGCAAAACUUUUCACAAACCUUUGGCUUUGUCAGUAUGCUUUUAUAUUUUAGUAAGUCAGGGCAGCAGUGGAUAUACGUAGGUAGGCUGAAAAGUAAUGCACACAUGCUUGUAGAGCGUGAACGAAAUGACCUUCAGAAGCGCGCCAGGUGGCAUGUGGAAGUAACAUUCCCCCUCAAUAUGCAUGCGCAAGUUUGAGGUCGUUGCGUUCAUCCAGUGUAUUUCGAGAAGCCGAAGUAUGGAGACGUGUUCUAGUGCUAUGUCAACGUGAGUUAAACAGCGUGCUGUUGUCAAAUUUUUAACUGCUGAAAAAGUGACUCCUACUGAGAUUCAAUGUCGUUUAAAGGCUGUUUAUGGUGACGAUGCUGCU